AUGCGUUUCGCUUCCGUGAUCCUGCUGUCCACAGCAAUUUUACUCUUCUCUACCAACACAAACAACCAAAGUCCAAGCUUCGCCGCCGCCCAAGUUUCCGUCCCCGGACGCUUCCGCCCUCACCUCUCCAGCUACUACCACUCCGCUGCCCCGGACUCCAAUGCAAGACCCAUCUCGCUGUACCGACCCUACCUGCGUUACUCCUCGUCUCAGGAACGAGAUGCGCAAGGACCCCCUGCGACACCUGUGAUGCAGAUGCCACAUAUGGACAACGCCCAGCUCCUGAACGACGAGACCAAUGCCCGGGCACAAUUGUUGGCCGAGGGUGGGGCUGACGAUGGGUCGUACCGGUUUGGAAAAGCUGUCGCCAUGGAUUCCUUGGGGUUUCCGUCUACCCUUUCCAGUGGUCGGUGGACGCACCUCAAGAAGCAGCGCCUCUCUCCCAACGACAAUGAGGAGGACGGGGAGGAGGAGGAUGUGAUGGUAUGGCAACUCGAGAUCCAGUCCAAAUCCGCCCUCUCUCUGAACCUGAUCUUCUCCGACUUCCACCUCCCCCCUCGUUCCGAAUUCUACAUCUCCUCCAAGACCCACCUCCUGGGGGCCUUCACCCCCGAGGUGAACAACAAGGCGGAUAGAGUCUUUGCGACGGCUCCCCUGGGAGGGGAUCGAUUGUUGUUGGAGUUGUAUCUGCCGAGGCUGGAUUUCGUUCAGGGCACAAGACCGAAUUUGGAAUUGAGCCAUGUGAUUCAUGGGUAUAAACCUACUCUUCUCGCUGCGUCGUCUGACUUGAUGGCGAAAGGGAUGAGGAUGGCCGAUGGGUCCAUUGCUCCGCACUCUCACCGCAGACGACGAAGUGGACGAGGUGGGCUGAGGGAGCAGACAUCGUAUGCCAACCCAUUGAGCGAUUGGAACCAGCACUCUGUCUCUAUGGAUGGUACAGAGGACGAGGAGGAUGGACCAGUGAGAGCAAUGUCGGGCAAGUGCAACCUCGACGUAGCCUGCCACCUGGACGAGUACCACGACCAGUCACGAAGCGUCGGUGCUAUCUUGUCCGAGUACAACCAAAAGUACUGCACCGGCGCACUCAUCAACAAUGUACGCCAAGACGGUCGCCAGCUCUUCCUCACUGCAAACCACUGUUCGGGGUUCGCAGAUACAUCGGCCCACUUAGUCAUGUUCAACCACGAAAAGAUCCAAUGCGGGUCCGCCCCCGAGGAAGUGAACGAGCACGACACAGCGAUGGGACUCAUCAAGCUGGGGAACUAUUUGAAUUCUGAUUACACGCUGUACGAGAUUGUGGAGACCAUCCCGGAUGCGUACAAUUUGUAUCUCUCCGGGUGGUCCGCUUUGCCGGAGGCGCCGAUGAGUCGACCCAGGUUCCCAGAGGAGGAGCCGCAGAAGCCUGAGGAGCCUGAGACUCCUGGAGAUGGUGAUGAUGAUGAUGACGAGGAAGCUGUGAGCCCCUGGAGAACUAUCCGCCGCAAGCCCCACAAAGACGAGCCCACACCCCCAGCACCCGAAGACCCUUCACUCACAAAGAUCCCCGUCGUCGGGAUCCACCACCCCUCAGGCGACUCGAAAAAAAUAUCCUUCUUCUACAACGGCACCCUCCUUCCAGUCUGCUGGUCCGAAUGCAUGUACAAAGAAAAAUUCCACUGGCAGAUCCCUCGUUGGGACCAAGGUACCACCGAACCCGGGUCCAGCGGGUCCCCACUCUUCAACGCCGACAAGCGGAUCGUAGGCCAGUUACACGGAGGAUCGGCUAGUUGUUACAACAGGAACGGGUAUGAUGUGUAUGGAGCCAUUUUUGCGAGUUUCUUGAGCCCACCCAAGAUCAAGAACCGACUUGCGACGUAUUUGGAUCCGGAGGGGACAGGGGCCAUGGUCUUGGAUGGAUAUGGGUUGGAGCAGGCGAGACGGGAGUCGAGACAGCGGCAUGGGCCUAAUCCUCCACCUUACCCGCAGCCUCCGCAGGAGGAUGAUGAUGAGGAGGACGAUGAUCCCUGGGCUCAUCCUACACUCGAGAAGCCUCUGACUUGGACGGAGGAGGAUUACUCGCACUCUGACAGUCCAUCACACGGACGCUACCGCCACCACCACCCACACCACCGCCACCGUACCGGCAAUGUCGAUCGCCUGAACAAGUUCAUGAACAAGUUCAUGAACAAGGUCUGGCAGGACAUUAUCCAAGGCUACAACAGCAUCGAUGCGGCGUCGUCAGAUGUUGGUGAGGGCCAAGUCUCCUGCGACCAGUUCCAGGACUAG